UUUUUUACAGUUAGCUCCACGGAAUCCGGGCACACUACAUUGUUGUUGCUCGAGAAGGAAAUUAAAAUAUUACAAUAAAUGGAGACGUACGACGCUCUUUUGGAGGCGGAAUCUGAGGCUGAUCAGGACGAGGCGAAGCGACAGGAGCACUUGCAGCUUAUCCGGGAGCUGCAACAGCAGCUGGGAGUUCCCGUGGGAGUGGCGGCGGAGCGUCUGCAGCAGCUGAUCGCGGAGGUGCGAGCGAGAGGCCACCACGACCUGUUGUACCUCUGGCAGCUGUGGCUCAGCGAGCUGAUCCUGGCCAGAAGGAUAAUCCUAGUGAGGCCGCACCUGCUGGUGGACGAGCUGAUGGCCGUCGGGCAGCAGGCGCCGCCUGCCGGAGCUCUUAAUCUGCUACUGGCCCUGCUGAAAACGACGCCCAAGGAGAAGCUGAAUGAUUUCUGGCCUAAACUGAGCGCGUUCCCCCCGGCCAAAGAGGUGGACGCAGCCCUGAUCCUCCUGCAGUGCCAGGAACUCGUGCUGGCCGAGCUGGACGAGUCGCCGGAGGAAGCCGGCCUCAGCCGGAACCUCGCCAACUCCCUAAUCCACAUGCAUUUCGAGGGCCACUGGCCAGCCGCCAAGGAAGAGCAGAUGGCCCUGAUGCUGGCCCACAGCUUGCAGCUGGUCCAGAAGCUAGUGGCCAGGCAGCCGGACUUUGCGGCGGAACGGGUUCCCGAGCUGAUGGGCCUGGUCCAGUGCUAUCUGGCGUACGGAGGACCUGAAGGAAAAACGGCUCUCAAGCCCUGCAAGUUGCCACCAGCCCAGCAGUCCGCCGCUUACGGCAAAGAGCACGAGGAGACGGAGCAGCAGCCCACCCAGAAGUCCCGCUCCUGCGGGCGCAAGAACAAAGUGCGCAAAAUGCGAUCGCUGGCCAAGCAGCGGAACCAGGCGGUCAGUGAGCCCCUGGAGGCCAAUCCCCGGGAGCGCCUGCUGCUGGUUGGCAACCAGGACUACGGCUGUCUGACUGGAGACUCGGUUGAGAACUGCCAGCCCUCCGAUUCGGAUCAGCCGUCCGGAAGCAAGCACCUCCGACAGCUGCAAGCCAAAGUGCGAAUAUCCGCCCUGCACUUGCUGGGAUCCCUGACCAAGCAGCUGCUUCGCCGCUCGCUGUACGGCUACUGGCACGUCCUGUUCCCGGACGACGACUCUGGCGGCAGUCGCCACCUGCUGCUUGUCGGCCAGAGGGACACCAACUCGCGCUGCCGAGCCCUGGCCUUGCAGCUGGGCGCCCAGCUUCUGUACGGCUCCAAGGGAUUCCUGAGCCAGGCAUGCUCCCGCGGACCCAGUAACUUCACGCCUUUUGCCGUCAGCCUGGCCCGCUCCGUGCUCGCUGCCUAUCGCACUUUGAGCGCCAUCCUGGAGCGGGAGUAUGCGCCGCCCGUGCUGACGCAGUGCCUCAAGUGUCUGGCCGUUUUGGUGCAGGCCACGCCAUUCGACCAGCUGGAAAUGGGCUUUGUCUACGAGUUUGUUGGCCAUGUCAAGAAGCUGGCCAAGAGUGCAGAUCCUCCGGUGGCCGUGUCCGCUCUCCUGGUCAUGGAGAUGCUAGUGGGCACGGCAAAGCUUACGCCCGAAAUAGCCAGUUCGGUGGGACUCGCUCCUAGCCAGAGAAACCUUCAAUUGGAGCCGAGCGCGGUCGAUGACUUCCAAGAGCUGUGCGACUCUGAUGCGGAGGUGGAACUUGAGGAGGAUGAGGAGGGGGAGCAGCUGGCGCAACAUAAAGUGGAGAAUCCCACCCUCACAGUGUCGCCAUCCAUUCCGCGCAACUCUUGGCUGCUGAGGCAGGUCCUCCGGUACCUGGAGGGCCUGGGCACUCCGUCCAUUGUCCGAGUAGAGUGCUUCCAGGUACUCCAGGCCAUGGCCACGCACAUUGGACUGCUUCGAGGCCACCAGGUGCGUCUGGCCAGAGUGAUCUCCGCCGGACUGAAAGAUCCCGCCGCCGAUGUGAAGCUUUACGCCGCCCGCUGCCUGGACUCAGUGGGCUACCAGCUGGGUAGGCUGCUGCCUGAGCCAGCGGAACGGGAGCUGCAGAUGUCCUUCUGGCUGUCCCUGCUGCCCGCCACCUAUGGAGCCUACGAUGCCGCCGGCCUUUCCCUGAAGUGCGCCCUCUGCGACGCCCUGUCCAACAUGGGGGCCUUCAGCUUCGAGAGAUUAUCGGAUGGCCAAAGGACCGCGCUGCUGGCCUUUCUGAGCGGCUGCGCCAGCGACGACCACGAGGAGCCGCUGGUCAGGGGAGCAGCUCUGCGGGCUAUGGCCGUCUACGUGCUGCAUCCCUCGCUGAAGGCGGAUCUGGGAUUUGUGGAGAACGCGGCGGAGCUGACCCUGCGCAUCAUAGGUGAUCCUCAGCUAGUGGUGAGGAUCAAGGCCGCCUGGGCGCUCGGAAACAUUAGUGACGCCUUGGUGGCCGCCAUACCCAACCAGACCGAGAAGGUAUCCGCCGAGCUCCUGGGCCGCCUUAUCCAGGCGGCCACCAAAAGCUGCAGCGACAACGACAAAGUCAGGGCCAAUGCGGUGCGGGCUCUGGGGAAUCUCCUGCGGAUCCUGCAGCUCCAGCCCUCCGAGAACGGUGAGCAGAUGCAGCUGGCCAUGUCCAAGCUGCUGGACUGCGUGAGAUCCUCGGGCAACGCCAAGGUCAAGUGGAACGCCUGCCACGCCAUGGGAAAUCUGGUAAGGCACAGGGCCUUCUUCGCCAGCAGCCACCUGGCUGGAAUCCUGUUCCCCGCCCUCAGUCAACUGGCCGUGCAGCACGCCAACUUCAAGGUGCGCACCAAUGCCGCCGGAGUGCUGUUGCAGGUGGAGCAGCGUCAGGAUCUAGGCACCCACUUCCCGCUGGUGUGGCGUUCGCUCCUGGAGGCCCUGGAGCGCUCUAAUGCGCUGGACAGCUUCGAGGAGUACAACCACCGGGAUGCACUGCAGCAACAGCUUUGCCUGGCCAUUGCCCACCUGCUGAUGCUUGCCAGGGGCUCGGAUCUGCCGGCGAUGCGCGAGUCCCUCGAGGAGGAUCGCCUGGAGGAGGUGCGGACCACAUGGCGGCGCGUCGCAUUCCGCAUUGUUCCCGAGCAGUCGGCGCCGCUCUUCACCUGCAGUCCUUUGCUGGAGCAGCGCCUCCAGGCGGAGGUGACCACUCCGCAGCGGUGCGCCUUAGCCUUCAUCACGAGCACACUCCGGCUUGAUCCGUAGGAUCACCCGAUCACAUAUAAUAAAGGCGUUCCAACUAUAAA